AGCAAAAAGUGAGAAUAGAAUACUAAAUAAUUUUACUGGGAUUGACAGAGACAAGCAACAAGAAGACGAUCAACUUGUGGACUUCUACAGUACUAGUACCACCCGGUAAAGCGAAUUCGGAGCAUCCGGCAUUGGUUAGCUGUGCUCAAAAGUUGAUGCGAAUCGAAUCGAAACCACCACUCGACCGUCCAAACAAUUUAUCAAUUGCAGCAAAAAGUGAGUAUUCUAAAUAUAAUUUACAAAGAGAAGAAAACAAUGGAGACAUUGAACAAGCUGCCAUCAGUCAAAUCUCAGUACGAGGACGCUGCGUAUUCUAGGUAUGUCCAAUCUCGAGCCAAUGCCUCUCUCUACAAUGAAUACAUUGACUAUUCCUUCUUCCAAGAGAUGAAUGGAGUGAUAGAGAGCAGAAAGGCUGACGACGGUAGUAUUGCUGUAUUGGAUCUGGGCUGCGGCAACGCCGUUUUAGGACGCAAGCUGUUGAAACUAAACCUGUCGGCUGAGCUCCACGUGACUGGUAUUGAUCAAUCCACUAGUAUGUUGAAGGAAGCCAGUCGUCUUUGUCAAGAAGAUGGGCUCUCUUCUCAACUUACACUGAUAGAAGGAAGUGUUACAAGGUUACCGCAAAGUUUGGCUGCUGCGUCCUUUGACGUCGUGAUGAGUGGAUUUGUCAUUGUCCACAUGGAAACGGAGACCAUGCUGCAGGAUUUCUUUGUACAAGUUGCCAAGAGCCUGAAGAGUGGUGGCCGCACUCUGCACAUCAACCCCGUAGUCAUAGCAGAAGAGGAAGUAACUCCACCAGAAGGGAGUGCUCAUUUGGCCCAGCUUCCUAUCUUGCAUGAUGAAACCGGUCAAGUGGAACAUACCAUUGAGCUAUACGACCACUUUUGGUCCACAAAGACCAUGAUAGCAGCCGCAAGAGCUGCAGGUUUGGUCGAUGUCUCCAUCACGACAGCCAAGAUUGAUCCCAAAUCGUCUACUUGGACCGAGGAAACCUUGCCGGUCACGGCUAUUCUCUUGUCCGCUCGAAAGCCAUAACCAGCUGCAAGUCAUAGAUGGCUACAGUAUUGGUAUAUGAGCUAAAGUAAAAUUAUGAAUUAUAAUGCCAAAAAUGCGUACGGAAGAUUUCAUGUCGUUUUCCCAGCCUG